ACCAAAGGCAAAAAUCGAAAAUUUGUCGAGUCCAAAAGCUCGAAGGAAAAUGGUGAGGUCUUCCUGAAUAUUUCUUCUCAAACUCAAGGGGAUAAAGAAAAGACCAAAGGCAAAAAUCGAAAAUCUGUCGAGUCCAAAGGCUCGAAGGAAGAUAGCGUUCAUCGAGUUAUACAGUCCAAUAUCGAUGGGCCAACUCAUCGAGAUACUUUUGCGACCCAGCGACAUCACAAGGAUUCUAAAGAGUCGAAAUGUUCGCUGGAAACUGAAAAGCCUUCUUUGAGUCCUCGUAAAAAAAUACCGAGUUAUAAACGAACACUUAAGUUUGCACAUGCUCUUGGAAAGCCUGAAAAGCCUUCGACGAAUCCGCUUCAGGUGGGCCUGUCAGCUAAGCAACAUCCAAAUCAAGAGGAAUUUCUGGACACUGUCAAAGAAUCUGUCAAUGCUUUUAUUGAACCGCUUUUUUCAAAAACAUCUUGGAAGGAGUUCGGGGAGAAGAUUGGCCUGCACCCGCAUUUAGUAUCAACAUUGAUUAACCACUUCCACCUCAAGAAACCUACUAUGAUUCAAAUGUCAGCAAUCAAACCGUUGUGUGAUGGAUGCGAUGCAUUAAUAAAGGCCCAGACAGGGUCUGGCAAGACGUUUUCAUACGCAGUGCCUCUGAUAAAUCAGUUAAUGAAACUCGAUCCACCGAUUACUCGUGUUGAUGGACCUAAGGCUGUAAUACUCCUUCCUACUCGGGAGUUAGCUUCACAAACUGCGGAUGUUUUCGUCCAAUUGACUAAGGCUUGUAUCCGGAUAGUUUCGGGAUGCCUUAUAGGCGGACAAAAGCGAAAAUCUGAAAAAGCAAGCGUCCGAAAAGGAUUGAAUAUUAUCGUAAGUACGCCUCAGCGACUUCUCGACCAUUUGGGGAAGACUUCAAGCCUGACCGUAAAAAGCGUGCGGUGGCUUGUUAUCGAUGAAGCCGAUCGUCUCGUCGAACUUGGCUUUGAGCGUGACGUUCGGCGCAUCAUUGAACGUGUGGCGAGAGAGGUAUCUACCGUCGAUGGAUCAACACCCGUUCAGACUGUACUUUUAUCAGCGACUCUUACGCCAGGUGUCGAAAACCUGGCGGGUUUGGCCCUCCGCGAUCCUGUGCAUUGUGAGGUCGCCGAACAGUCAUCAUCGCAGUCCGGCACCCUGAAAACUGACUCUUCUGGUCAAGAGUCUGUUACAGCCCCUCAUGCAGCCUUCGCGAUGCCCACUGGCCUCAAACACUUUUUAAUUGUUUGUCCAAACAAACUUCGUCUCGUCGUUCUGACCGCCUUUCUUCUCCUCAAAGCUCGGUACAACAAAAAAUCUGGCAAGAUCAUCGUCUUCUUUGCCACCCAAGACUGCGUCGAUUUCCACUAUCGGUUAUUCAGUGAAGCCCUCUCUGACUCUAACGAGGACACGCCAUCCAACCUCCACUUCUUCCGCCUUCACGGCAAUAUGGAUCACAAGGACAGAUGCCCAGUGUUUCAGGCCUACUCCAACUGUCCCAGCGGCAUCCUCCUGACAACAGAUGUUGCUAGUCGAGGUCUGGACCUGGCAGGCGUCGCCUGGGUGAUACAGUACCACAUCUCCGGCACACCGUUGAAAAAGCUGGAGGUGACAGACGUCCUGCAAACUGCCCUCUUUCACGUGAACGAUUCGGCUAAAAUGGCCAGUAAAAGGGGGCCCAUAACUACAGUGGAAGACGCCGCCGCCAGCCUCUCC